ACAGUUCUCUUUUCUCUCUCGAAUCGAUAACCCCACUAAACAAUCAUCAUGUCUGGACGUGGUAAGGGCGCUAAGGCUAAGGGAAAGGCAAAGAGCCGAUCAUCCCGUGCAGGACUUCAGUUCCCCGUCGGUCGUGUUCACCGAUUCCUCCGAAAGGGAAACUACGCCAACCGUGUUGGUGCUGGAGCCCCAGUCUACUUGGCUGCCGUGCUCGAGUACUUGGCAGCUGAGAUCCUCGAGUUGGCUGGCAAUGCCGCUCGCGACAACAAGAAGACGAGGAUCAUCCCCCGUCACUUGCAGCUGGCCAUCAGGAACGACGAGGAGUUGAACAAGCUUCUUGGCGGAGUCACCAUUGCCCAGGGUGGUGUCCUCCCCAACAUCCAGGCUGUCCUUCUGCCCAAGAAGACCUCCAAGUCCUCCAAGUAAAGAGUUAUCUCUUUGCUGGUUUAAAUCCAACGGCUCUUUUCAG